AUGGGGAUAGUUUUCAUCUCCAAAUCUGGGACUCACUUGAAGGGUGGAGUCAAGAGAGUCAUCAUUUCUGCCCCUUCUGCAGAUGCCCCCAUGUUUGUGAUGGGUAUGAACCAUGAGAAGUAUGACGACUCUCUCAAGAUUGUCAAUAAUGCCUCCUGUACCACCAACUGCUUGGCCCCCCUGGCCAAGGUCAUCCAUGACAACGUUGGCUUCAUAAAAGGACUCAUGACCACAAUCCACGCCAUCACUGCCACCCAGAAGACCAUGGAUGGCCCCUCUAGUAAACUGUGGCAUGAUGGCCGAAGGGCUGCCCAGAACAUCAUCCUUGCUUCCAUUGGCACUGCUAAGGCUGUGGGCAAGGUCAUCCCUGAGCUGAAUGGGAAGCUCACUGGCAUGGCCUUCUGUGUCCCUACCCCCAGGAUGUCAGUUGUAGAUCUGAUCUGCCUUCUGGAGAAAGCUGCCAAAUAUGAUGACAUCAAGAAAGCGGUGAAACAGGCAUCACAUCCCCUCAAGGGCAUCCUGGGCUAUACCGAAAACCAGGUUGUUUCCUGUGACUUUAACAGAGACACACACUCUUCCACCUUCAAUGCUAGAGCUGGCAUUGCCUUCAAUGACCACUUUGUCAAGCUCAUUUUCUGGUAUUACAAUGAAUUUGGCUACAGCAACAAGGUGGUGGACCUUAUGGUCCACAUAGCCUCCGAGGAGAAAGAGCCCCAUGGAACACCAGCCCCACUUCUAAAGCUGCAGCUGCUACUGACCAGUCCUCCCAGCACUGGGUGUUCUUUGUUCCCCCACAUCCUCAGCUGGCUCUCCAAGGAACUAAAGCUGGAUGACCACCCGAAUCCAGACAUUUGA